GAUAAAAAUUUUAGUUUAUAAAUAUGAUAGAAAAAUGUCUUUUGCAUUACAAAGUUUGGCAACAUCAACACUUUAAAGAAUACCCUGCCCUCUCUCUUUCCUUGAGGAAGCUCAGUUUCCCAUAGGCAUCUCCAUACUCCAACACACACAAAUAGAGAAAAACCACCAUCAUCACAGAACACACAUGAAAAUGGCCAUAAAAAAUGCCACUUUGGUUCAUGUAGAUGAGGACUACAUUGACAUGGAACUAAGUUCUUCUUCUUCUUCUACUUCCUCCAACUUAUUCUCUUAUUCCAUUUCCUCUCCCCCACAGAACAGCGAGUUUGAAUUCCAAAUGAUUUCUGUCUCAAAUGAGAAAGAUUCAAAACCUUCCCCUGCAGAUGAUCUCUUCUACAAGGGAAAACUCCUUCCUCUUCACAGCCCUCCUCGCCUUCAAAUGGUUCAAAAGCUCAUAGAGAACUCCAACAAUGCCACCUUUGAUUUUGUGAAAUCACAGUCAGAUUUGGAAGAUAGUAGCUUCCCCUUCACAAGUGACUUCAGAACUCCUUCAGAAUCAUGCAGGGUUAGCAGUGAAGUUGCAAACCCAGAUGAAUUGUUAUACCCAUUUGGGUGGUCUUCUGGUCUUGUUGGUGAUGAUCUUCAUCAUCUUCCCAAGAAGACUUUGCCCAAGAAACUGAAGCAUUUCUGGCUCAGUCAAAAACUCAAGGCUUCAAGAGUUUACCUGAAAUCUUUCUUCAGCAAAUCUGGUUGUUCAGACAAGUCAUGUGCCAGUGCAGCAACCAAUGUUGGAGCAGAGAGGGACUCAAAUUGCAAAGAGUGUCAGAACAAGUACAUGAAGGUUAAUCCAAGGAAAAACUGUAAAAACCCAUUUGAGAUUUUCUAUGAUGAGAAGCAUCACAUGUCUUGUAAUGUCAUGAAGACCAUUAAGAGAGAGAUAUUUGAAGAUGACUUCACUAGUAAUCACAGGAAGUCUUUCUCUGGUGUGGUUCAGAGACAUUGUGUUUCAAAGGCUUCAUCUUUAUCCACAUCUUCAUCAGGGUCAUCUUCUUCUUCUUCAUCUUUCUCUCUGAGCUCAGCUGGGUACUAUGAUUUGCAAUUGUUCAAGAGGAGCAUCAGUGCAAAUUAUGAGUUGGAAGGUUCAGUUGAAGGAGCCAUUGCUCACUGCAAACAGUCUCAGCAACAGUCUCAGGAUGUGUUCUCAGUUUCCGACAAAACUUGUGGUUAGUGGUGGUGGAAAUCAAGAAAUAGCAGGAACAUUUUCCGGUGAGAGAGGGGAGGAAACGUUGUAAGAGAAGAAUGAGACAUUUUCAUGUGAAAUGCUGUUGUGUAUUAAUGUUUGAAUUAACAGCGUGGCCUUUCCGGCAUUAAUUUGUUCAAAAUUGAUGUUCUUGCUCUGCUCUUCUCUGUCUCUUUCUAUCUGUCCUAUUGUUGUACAUUUUUCACACUUUCCUCAGCUGUAAAUCCCUUAGAUGUACUAUUAUUAUCAUUGGCUCAGUGAA